GUCAAAAACGAAGCAAUGGAAGCGAAAUACUUAUCGAAAAUAAAUUGAUUAUUGAUAGAACUUAGUCAUUUAUAUCAUAGAAAAUGUUAGCUGGGUCCGAUUUAGUUACGAUCUAUGUGUAUAUUCAAUAAAAAUGUGAACUGUGCCAGUGAUUGAAGCCCUCACAAUGAACUACACCGGAUCCCUGGAUCCGGUGGCAGAGAGAUGGAACUCCUCAUCCAUAGACUUUGCGGAGAUCACCAUGGACCGCAACUUUGCCCUGCUCCUGGUGUCCCUGGUGUCAGCCAUGCUGUGGGUGGUGUACAUCACAUACUACAACAGCCGAGUCCUGGGGUACAUACUCACCAGGCUCAUCAACAAGUUUUACUUCCAAGAUGAAAAUUUUAAAAUAGGUUCAUUUACUCUGAAUGCUCUGUCUGGUAAGAUAAUGUUCUGUGAUAUAGUCUACAUAAACUACGACUACACACUACGCAUUCAAGAUGGCUACCUCAUAUUCCGGUGGUGGCGUUCUUAUGUACCCAAAGAUGUCUCAGAAGACUUAUCCCACUCAGACACGCGUCUCUCGAUAAUGCUAAAUGGGUUCGAAUUACACUUUUAUAACCGCUGCGAUCUAUACGCGGAACUCGAGAAAACAUUCGGGCUUGACCCUGUCAUCAAACAGCAACACGACGACGAUGACUCAACCGACCGCGAUAAGGCCAUGAACGACGCGAACGAGAAACGAAGACGGGCACAAGACACGGUCAGGUCCGAAGCCGCGAUGGCACGGACCUGGCGAGACCUCAUACCCGUCAUAAAAAUCGAUAUAUGCACAGGCCGAGUUGUAUUCGGUAACCGACUAGUCCCCACAACGUUUUCAGUAAGCGUAGAAGAAGCUCACCUAAUGUACAGCACAAAACCCCCAGCGUCCAGCUUAGACCAUCUCAUGCACUUCGUAAAAGCCAAAGCAGAAAACUGCAAAGUCAUGUUAGCACCAAGUCCAAACUAUACAGCAAUGGUCGAUGAACCACCACGGUAUAUGGGAGAAGGUUUCGUCGUUAUGAGCUCAAAUUAUAUCGAAGUCUAUUUCUACAUGGAUGAACCUGGCUUGGUUCCAGAACAACCUGUUUUACUACAACUAGCUAAUGGGGAUAUAGUUGAAUCAGCACCACCAAUAUGGGGGUUAGAUAUUAAAUGCGGGAAAGGAACAGAUUUCAGUUACGGACCGUGGGCUGAUAGACAGAGAGAUCACUUGUUUAGGUUCUUUUUUCCCCCAAACUACAAAAGUUUAGAGGUCACCCCCCAGCCUAAACCGGGAGACAGAAGGCAGAUGCAGUCUUUCGAUAUUCGAUUAUCGACUUUAAAUGAAGCAACGAUAGAUAUCUUAUUUACGAAAAACAAAGAAACUAACGCAGUCCACAUAAACAUUGGGGCUGGGUCAUAUCUAGAAGUAACAUUACCCUGGAUCGUCUUGCAAGAUGGAUACACAACGAAAAUCACUGGACAGCUACUCCAUUUAGAAGCAACUACUAGUCUUCAAUACAGAAGCUUGGCUGAAAGUGAAACCCUGGAGUACACAGUCAAAUGCCACUAUCCACUUGUAUGGAAUCACCAUCAGUGUUGGCAGUUGUCUUUGACUGGAUGUAAGGCCACUGCGCAUUUUGUAUACACACAUAUAGACUUUUUCCAAGAUCUCACUAAUGACUGGUCGAGCAAAGCACGCCCAGAUAUACUCCAUUUUGUUCCAUACACAUGGAAAAUAUCACUACUUCUAAAGGAAUGCGAAGUAGUAACACUGAGCAAUCAAUACAAUUGGGUUGAUUGCAGCUCAACCAAUCAAGAAAAUAACCACGUAGCGUUUUGCGGGGAUUUGCUGGAUGUGUCCUUUGAUUUGCCAUUUGUUGACUUUUUGCCUGAUGUUAUACCUCUGAAGAUCUGGGUACAAGGCGAAGCGGUAGAUAUGAGUCUAUAUUUACCCGAGGUGAAUACUUCGAGACUGCUUUUGUUAUCUAUCGAUAAAAAUAUGAAACUUAUUCCAUGUCGAUUGAAGGCCUCGAAGUGGCGUAGAAAAUGUGUGAAAACUCAAGGUUGGGUAGACUGUUGGUCUGUUCCUAUUGUGGCUUUGAGCGUCCGAUACAAUUACCAUCCUAUCCCGCCUCUGGGCCCAGAGCCGCAAGCAGACAUCACAACCCCAGAAAAGGAGGAAAUCCUAUUAUCACCCAUUAGGAUACCGCGAAUGAGGAAACAGCCUCAAAUCAAUUGGGCCAUUGACGGAAAUAAUUUUGAUCGUACGACUCUCGCUCCAGAUAAAGUGAGCGUGGAACUAGAAGUGGGACCCUCAAUACUUCUCGCAUACGGAACCAUCAUCACAAGCUUUUUGAACUUGUUGGAAAAUAUCUUUGGUGAAGAUCAGAUAUUCACCGAUAUGCAGAAAGCUCCAAGCAUGGAGACAUAUUUCUGGUCCAGUGAAAACCCCACAAAGCUGAACGAUCGAAGUAGCAUCAAUCAACACACUGAAAUUACAAUAGACGAAAACAGCGAUUCGAGUAAAGGCCCUUUCGAUCCGCGACGCGUCCGCCCUUUAGACGUUACAGUGUCAAUAAUAAUUCACGACAUUCAGGCUCAUCUCGUGAAAAAUUGUAGCGAAAAUGAACCACCUUGCCCUGUCAUAUUGAUUGAGAGAUUCGGUUUUGAAAUGGACAAGAGCUUUCGGGAGACGAAACUACAGCUCCUCCUGAGUCCAUCGAUUCUAGUAUCGUCCAACAGUCCAUCGCGCUCGGGAUCGAACGGCAGCAAUAACUCAAAUGCCUUACAAAAUGGUCAUUUAAUGCUUUCGUCAUUCCAAUUGAGAGGAAAUGGUUUCUUCAGCGAUACAAACAGAUCUGUGGAAGAAGACACAGUCGAGUAUGCUUGGAUGAUGGAACUUCAGUUAGGUCAAUUGACCGGGCGGUUAACUCUACCACAGCUAUAUCAGAUAAUUUCAUCACUCGAAACAUUUUUACUGCUCAUCUGUGAUAAUGAAAACGAACUGACGGCUCCGAAGACAGCGAGGCAGUGCCAUCACGGCUUGAACAAUGUUCUCUGCCCCGAAACUGAUCUCACACUCAAAUAUCGCUGCCCGACAUCCAACGAAAUCAAAUACCGUAUGAUCCGAGUGGCGAUUGAUCUCAUCGACCUGUAUAUUGCCGACACAAAUACAACUCUCCAGUCGUGGAUAUCUCCUAUUAGAUUAUCGUUUUGUAAUCUCCACGGAUCGGGCUUCGGAACUGGCAUUACAGGAUUAUUGCCAAACAUUAAACUCGCUCUCUUUACUCAAACGAACAUGCAAGCAAAUACUCAUCAUCAUUCCAGUGGUAGCAACGGAAGUCAGAACAAAGUGCCAGAUAACGAUAACUGGGUCGGUGUGGGCUCAAUGUCUUUAGGCCCUUUACUGAUAGAGGCAGCGUCGUCAUUACCACAGAGUCCAAAAAACAUGCACCUGGUGCAACAGAAAUUUUUGAAGUUACAUGAUGAGAAAUUUAAAAGAUUGUGGUUCCUAUGGGCGAGUGAAGGGAAGGGAACUCAAUGCGGGUGCACUGGUGGUUGUGCGUUUUUCGGUUCCAAUAGAAACGGUGCAAACUUUUUGAAGCCGAGUCCAUCUGAUCUGCACGAAGGGCUUAACAUUGCUAUAUUUAAUGUUAUAGAAACUACUCCUGGAGAAUAUGGUUAUGGACAAAGUUUGUUGCACCAAGGACAGCUUGUGUUUCACACUCCACCCUACAACAGCUUGAACGUCUGUCUUCAGCCCAUGAAUGUUUCUACCCUGAUCCCUUCACCACUGCCACAAAAUCUCAGCAAGUCGCCACAAAGUGCCGACAGGAGAAGUCUCACUCGUAGAUUUUCAUACACGAGUGUAGGCAAAGGGAGUAACAACGCUUUAGUAUCGAGCACUAAAAGCGACGUCCCAUAUGCGCGUUUAGUAGAUUCGUCUGUUCCUCUCGGAAGUUCUAAAAUAGACAGUGACUCAAAACUGAAUAAAACAGUACUGAAUGUACCUCAAAUGGAAAGCAGCGUUUCGGAUUCAAAAUUGACUCUCAGUUGUGGGAUUAAAGAUGGUGCUGUUACAGUUAAAAAGCAGAUUCCGUCUGAGAACGACCAAUUUGUAGUUCCCAGAAUGCCUCCAAGGAGCGUAGCGGUGUCAGAGUCUCACUACUCGCUCAACUCUCAGCAUCCGCAUGAAGACACCGUGAUGCAAGAAGUACAACGAACCAUGUCCAUCACAAGCGAAAACCACUCUGAGGCAUUCUUCUCAGCCGAUGAAGAUAUGUUUCCAAGUCGGUCGUCAAGUUUAAAACAUUCCUUCGGUAGACGACACAGUAAAAAAGACAAAGCCGCAUAUGCGAUAGCUGAUGCUACCAACGAAAAGUGGUUGAAUAUUGCGCCAAGAUCGGAGCUCGAUAAGCAACCUGAUACGAUAAGCAACUUGAGUGCAGGAGUUCAACCAGACUCAGAAAGUGGCUCAGUUUCAUCGAAUUCGUUUAUUUCUGCAAUUUCUUCCCAAGAAGACAUGACGCUUGUAAAUCUCCAUAUGCAAACCAAUAAGCCAAUAGUUGAUUCGCCAUUACUUAUGUCCAGUUAUAUGAAUAACUUGCCGCAAUACAAAUGCUGUAACUGGGCAACCUGCUCUUUACCCAGUGGUAGUGAUGUGUUCACGCUACCAUUAUUUAGAAGGGCUGAAGAUGGUUCUCUGGUAUACGUCGGGCAAAAGUACCUGCCGAACUUCGAACCUGUGGGCAAAGUGCACACAUUAAAAUUGAUAGCUAGAAAGGAUGGCCAAAGUCAAAACCAACAUGGACCAUUCUCGAAUUUGACGCCGCAUUUUAACUCUCAAAUAAAAGCGCAUCCUUAUCCGCAAGCAUGGUGGGACUUGCAGCAGAAUGUGCAAGACAACCAAGAAAACACAACGGAUAAAAGUACUGCAUCUACAGUAACGACUACCAGUGACAGUAAAAAUGGUCUCUUUGUCAAAUUGCGUGGUGAAAUCGACGUCAUGUUGACACCGUUAGUGCUAGAGAGUACUCAAAAGUUUGUAGAGUCUCUAACCCCAGUUUUAGCCAAUAUUCAUCCAAUAACUGUGAUUAACCAUUUACGCUUACUGUGUAUAUCUUCUGUCGAGUCUUCCAAUAUCCUGAAACAGAAGCAAUACGUACUCAAUUGGCUGCCACAGAUGCAAGCGCGGAGUGAGACGAGUAUUAUUAUGGAAAAAGAUGAUAAAUGCAAGCUUGCAACAAUACCACAUUCGAAUGUCUACGAAGAGACAAUCUGUGAUCAGUUACAAGCGACUGUAACCGUUCCUAAAGUUAAUAUAAUCUUCAUUCAAUCAUCUGUCGUCGAAGACAUGAUAUCCUUUUCUGCUCUUGACAAUAUCCAGGAUUUGACUUGUGUGUCUUUAUUCGGCGUGUCGGUAGAAAACAUUGUAGCCAAAUACGCAAGUUCGAAGAAGACUUUGGAGUCAGUGCAGCUUUAUUACCGACCAACUUUGCGAGCUUUGGGUAGCAAGAAGUCAUUUGGUAUCAUGAAGGGACCGCGCGCACUGAUAUCGACACAGUCAUCUGGUCGGAAGAGAGGACCCGAGAAAGGAGAGCCUGUAUACAUUGAGACAUCGCAGCAACAGUGUGAAGAUACCACGAUUACCCUUAAUAUCGGAAAGGUCCACGGUCAGUUGCGACGCACGCGCAACGAGUCAUCGCAGCUAAAGGACGCAGCGGUCACCGGCAUUCCGUGCCAGCAUUCCAAAGUCUCCUUCAAGUUCAUCCGAGCCGACUCGUGCGCUAAAGGGUGCGAUUCCAUGGGUUGCCAAAACGGAGCAUCGGAAGGUCAGAAAGAAAACGCAAUCGGGUACAUUAUGUUCGAAUGCGGCAUCGAAGGGGUUUCCGUCAAAGUGUCCAAACAUUCCCAAUCGCACAAAGCCAACGAGGAGAAAAAAACACCUCGCCCAGAUAGUGAGAGUUGCAAGGAAUCAAUCAAGUCCGCUGAAGAACUUAAACCAGACAAGGAAAAGGAAAAGUCGAAACGUACGUCGGGGAUUGAGGACUUGUUCAGGAAAAAGGAGUCGAAUUCCAAGCCUAGUACCCCAAAUUUGGGUUCCGCACAGCCUCCGCAAGUGCCUCCUGCCGCUCCGGAACCCGCUACCCCGGCGCCGGAUGAGCCUUCCAAUGAUAGUGCGGCUACAGUGGUGCCGGUGAAGGAUAGUGGAAACACGUCCUCUUGCUCGAUCGACUUGAAGGUGGUUUGGUUCAACUUCGCCGCUCCGCCACGAACGCCGAUUACGAAGAAGAUUGAUUAUACUAGGCUAGAUUGGAACCUCCUAAGCACAGCAUCUCCAGCCAUCAACGCUUGGAUGAACCCGUGCAACCGACUCGGCAUACGAGUGGUCGCGCUGUACCGGGCCAGAGCCCGCCGCCUGGCCGCCACCGCCGCUAGCCUCAUGGCCUCCGCACUGGAUAGGGCGCCUACCCAUACUUUACCUAAGAGUCGUUACGGCAGGCACACGCCAAUGGCUAAACAGCUACGUGAAGAGCCCUCCCUGCAACUAUGCGCGGUACUUCUGCGGUACGCUUUGCAGGCGGACGCGGCGGCCGUGCAGGCUGACCUAGCUGAAAGGCAUCUGCCUUCACUGUCUACGCUGAGGCAGGGUGUGAUAGUGCUAACUCGUCAGUGGAAGAACAUCCUGUACACGCCUCUGUUACUAGAUCACAACUACAAGAGCAAGGUCAUGAGGCCUCUCAACGUCACCUUCGCUCUGCCGGACCUGCUGGAGGACUCCGUGGAGGGAUGGCAGGAGUAUCAGUUUGACAACGAAGGUCUCGACGAGAACUGCCUCCUCUUGAAUAUGGAUGUGGACAAACUCGUCACUUCCUUGCCCACGAGCGCGCCGGCCGCGGCCACGCGCCCGCACUCCUACCCGUCCACGCCGCCGUCUGUGCGAGCAGUACAGAGCAGUCGCGCGAGCCUCGUGUUCCCGUCGCUGCCCUUCACGCGGAAGCCGCCCUUCCAAGACGACGCUAUUGCUAAUUAUGGAACCCUCAAAGAAGAUUUGCCGACGGUAGGCUCGAAUCCCUCGCUGUACUCUCAAGGCAGUGGUGAAAAUAUUUCCAGCGACCGUGCCCGAGAAGAUCUGUAUCAGUGGAUGGCUAAACAAGAGCCAAUCAAAGUGGAGCCAAAAAGCAAGAAGCCAAUAAUACCGCCAUCGAAGAUGAACCCCCGCGCCGUGGCGGCCGCCAUGCCGGCGUGCAGCCUGUACCCGCUGCAAGGAUCGCUGAUGCUGCUGGACGCGCACCUCGUGUUCCAGCCUUUCCUGUCCGCACUCGGGGUGUCUCCACACCAGGUGGCUCAUGGUGAAUCGAAGGUGAAAGGCGUGGGAGCAGAAACUGGUUCAGGAUUGGAGUCCCUGGGCUCGAAGUUAUCGCUGCUCGCGUGGGUGGACGUGUUCCGUAUCGACAUCGUGGUGGGAGAGUUGGCGCGGGACAGGCGACAUCAGAACAGCAAAGGAAAAGCUAACGUACCUCAAGCGGAUAUCCCAUCGGAAACGCCCGCGUUCCUAUGCGAGAAGAUCUCGAUAGACGUGGACCUGAAGAAAGUGGCGGAUAUGGCCGUGGACGACCUCAUACAACGGCAGAACGUGCUGUACAUCUCCCGCGGACAGCUGAAGAAACAUAUCAGCACCAUGCUCAACUUUAAUAUCAGCAUCAGAUUCAUAUCGCAACAGGUGAACAUGCCAUUGCUGAGGCUAUUGCAUCAGAUCAGCAACAUGUAUCAAAACGUCAAAGACACGCAGAGCGAGCUGCGCACGCAGACAAAUACGUCGCGACGUCACAACAAACAUCCCUCAGUUUCAGACUUCCCCGAAAACGUAGUGAGCAUGUCAUCGUUAGACAAAGACAGCCAAUACGCUGUACUAGACGUGGGACCCAAGUGGGACCUGCCGGUCACUCUGGGCCCCGAGUUGACCACCGCGUUGGGGGCAGAUAAGGAAACCGCCACCCCGCCGCGACCGAGGCCGCAGUCGUUUGCGCAGAAGUUGAGAUCUACCGGGAAAACUGUUAAAGGAAAACUAGGGUACAGUUCGUUAAACGAGGGUGCACAUACCCCGAUGUUCCCUGUGGAGGCGCCCCCCGCCCCGCCGCCCGCGCCCCCCGGUGCGGGACAGUUGGCACCGCGGUGUUGGCGCACCGUGUAUUUGCUGUUGGACCUAUACGCCAACAUGCCGGACGCGGAUACCAUCACACACAGGUUUUCGGUAUCGACGGAGUUGCCAGAGGCGUACCGCGGGCGCGUGCGGCCCAGCUCGCGGGAACAGAACGCGUCCAACUCCUCGUCCAGUGCCACCGCCAUGGGCAUGGUAGUCGUCGGUGUUGCCAGGAUUCAUCGAACGCGUCUCUUGGCUUCGCUAUCGGGAUUAAAGCUGGAAGCGGAAAUAACAUCGCUGCAAGCGUCUCUCUCAGCGUCUAGGGCGAGGCAGUGGUCUCUCAGUGGGAACCUGGGCCGAACUGCUAUUGUGUUGCUGGAAGGACCAGCGCCUAAUCACCAGACCGUGGUUCGUGUGAGCGUAGGAAAGAGUCAAGCGCUGUACUCGUGGGAAGGUGGCCGCCUGGGCGCAACUGCACUCGCCUCCAUCGGCAGCAUCCGCGUAGAUCUGCCCCAACACCCCGUGGCCUUACACGGCGUCAUGACUCGCUCGAGCCGACAGCUUUCAUCCACUUUGCAAGAACUGGGCGUAACCCGUACUUCAUCCCGGCUGUCCCGCGGCGGCGGGGCGGGGGGAGGGCUGGCUGAGGAGGAGGAGGAGAGGAGCCCCCCGCCCGCGCCGCGACCGCCGCCCCCCGCACCGCCCCCGGACCCGCUGCUGCAGCCUUUACAACUGCAGUUCUCGCUUGUACUGCAGAGUCUGAGCGUCACCGCAGCAUUACUUCCGUCGCUGCAAGCUCAGUACAAAAUGGAGCGCGUGCACAGCGCGGGCGUGACGGCCGGGCGCGCGCACUUCACUGUGGACUUGCCGCACCACUCGCUCAGCUUCGUCACUAAGCUGCAGGUAACGGAAGCAAACAUCCCUGCUGCCGCGUCGGUCGCUCUGCCGGCCGUGUCGUGCCGCGCGCGCGUGCUUGACUGCGGCGACCCGACCGACGCGCGCGCCGCGCCGCACGCGCAGCCCGACAGCUCUGCCGACGGCACCAACGGCGCUGAAGCCGCAGAUACUAGCCAAGCGGCUCCAGAAGGCGUGGUGCUGCGGGCGGGCCGCUACCUGUCGGCGACGGCAGACAUCGGCCUGUUCGAGCACACGCUCUCCACUGACCUGCUGAAUCAUCUCGUCUUCGUGCAAAAAGUCUUUAUGAAGGAAGUGAACGAAGUAGUUCAAAAAGUAUACGGAGGUGAAAAGCCAGUGCCGUUAUGGAACGAAGAAGAAAUAUCCUCGUCAGCUUUUAGCAGAAUACUAUUCUCUCUACUCAUCAGGAUCAAGCGCAUCCAACUAACGGCGACGACGCCAAGCAACUCAGCAGUGCGGUUGGAAACAGGCGCGGUGGAGUUUGAGCUGUCCAAUCGCGUACAAAACGUGCCUCAACCCGCCGGCCCGCAUGGACUGCGACUCUUUGCGCGUGCGCAGGUCGACGUAAACCUCAGUCUCGGACAACUCAUUAGAAACGCAAUGUUUGAGGAAGCAGAACCGGAGUUCCAACAGUAUGCCUUCUUCAACACCAGAAUAGCAAUGCGCAACGCAUUCCAAGACGAGAUAGUCUGCGAGGAUGAUAAGGAAGUGGUUCUAAUAACGCUCAAGCGACCGCUAAUAUACAUCCAACCCGUGGCGGUAGACAAGGCAAUACUGGUGUGGCUCAACUACAAGAAUGCUUACGAGUAUUGGAACGAAAAACGCAUGAACCUCACCAAAGAAGUCCUCACUGCCACGCAGCAGGUGUUCGAAAAGGUGCAACUAACGUCAAACAUAUCUCCACCCCACCUCAGCACAUUAUUCCUGCAACUGAAUGUCGAUGAUAUUGGAAUAUGUCUACCGCUCAAUCAGCCGCCUUUGACGACAUGGGGCCGAGGUUACGAGCUUGAUUCCCGCGGCGCAGUAGUAGUAACCCUUGAAAGUACCAGCAUAUCCGCCUGUAGCUCUGGUUCCCUGGUCAGUAAGGGCCGAUUCGUUGGCCUUUGCUUGCGAUUCGCUGACGACUUCGAGGCCUCCCUGGACGACUGGAAACCAGACCCUGGGGAGGCGUGUAUAAAUGUGUGCUGCGUGUCCGAGGGAACCUAUGAAGUCUGCAGUCGGACUACUGCGGCGAAACAUAAUGAAAAUGCAAAAUGGUUCCUAAAUGUGUCGUGGCAAAUGGAAGGCGUGGACAUACACCUCGAUGUUAACGUUGGGAAGCAGCUAUCAGCAUUAGGACACACUCUCACUAUGUUGACCGGCUUUGAAGAAGAAGAUCCUCUCAAAAUGGACUAUGAAAGUGAUUUGGAUGAUGAAGCAGAUAACAGCAAAGAUUCUCAGGAAAGCAUAGUCUUCCGUCGCAAAUACACGGACCACUUGCCAGCGUUCGUCUUCGACACCAGCAUAGAUGCUAAGAAGCGGUCUAAGCUCAUCGAGAAAGAAAUGACGGAGCAGGCCAAGAUCAUCAAUGAUUUGCGAGCGCUUGGGGCUAGUCAUAGCACUGUGGAGUAUGAGAUGAGGAGGUUGCAUGACUUGGAGGCCCUUGUAUUUAAGGAUUUCAGAAGGGACAUGAUCCAAAAACUACGUCGCCAAAGCGUACGAGCAAGCUCUAUCACCAAGGGCAAAUUAGGUCUGGGAUCCAACCGAAGUCACUCAUUCGUGUCAGCCCCACCCCCAGACGUGGGGUUGGAACCUUUGGGCGUGGGCGUGGGAGUGAGCGAGUCUGGAGAGACGUUGCUGCUGGCGGAUGAUGAUACGAGGCUUGCUGACAUCAUUGAGGGAACGUCGUGGAGUUCCGCUGAUAGCGAUCCUCUCACAGGUGCGGGUCCCUCUCGCUCGUCGUCGCUGCGCGGGCCGCGGGGAGGCGAGGGUCGCGAGGGGCGGGAGGGGCGCGGCCGCGUCACGUUCCAAGGCGGAGUACAGAGGCAGAGCUCGUUGCCCGCUCCUUGGCCGCCGCAUUUACAUCUUUCGCAGGAGAAUUUGGACGCCAGCUCGACAGACACGCCGGGUCCGAGUCAAUCUAACGAGAGCAAACAGAGUAAAACUAAAACCGCGGAGCCGAACAUAGAUUUCGAGUUGGACGUCAAAGUUCACAUCAACAGCGGGAAGUGCGUGCUGCACACCAAAGAGCCCGGGAAGGAAGAGGAACUGAAAAUAGGCAGCAGUAAGUCUCGUGUGGGUCGCUCUGCCUCCGGCGGGCUGGGAGACACCCGGCGCGCUCGACUGCCGCCUCCCCCGGACCUCACCGUGUUCCAAGUUCCUGGAUUACAACUUAAGGUACACUAUGAAUCAAAAACUUUGCCAGAAGAGUCAGUGUCCCCUCAAACGAUACCCAACAUUCCACUCAACCCGACCUCACGAAAAGUGGGCACGAAGAAAGCGUCAUUAUUUGCUUGGAUCACAUUGCAAAGUAUACCUGAGGAGACCAUCAUCAGUCCACAUAUCCUGGAGUUUCUUGAGCAGACCUUGGAACCCAUACCAACCAAGACUUCCUUCACGGCUCCCACGACGGAAACGGAAAACGCAUCACGCAACCGUACCAGCGGGCCUCCCGGCGAAGGCUCAAGCGAGGGGGUGCCAGGGGUAGCGGGCAGCGGGGAGGGGUACGGCCAGUAUGUCUACGCCUCCUUCCCCGUUGAUGUCAUCGUACACUUCCACACCAGACCUUCCGCCUUCCGCUUCAGCUGCCUGCCCGCGUCGCGCGUCGAGUGUCUGCUGCAGUUGCCUAGCUUGCAGAUUGUGUUUAGCUCCAAGCGAGCUUCAGAUGAGGAGAUGGCUGAACCAGCGAUAGCAAUGGGCGGUUUGAGCGUGACGGGUUGCUUAGCGGACUUCUCAGUAUACAUCUUCCACCCGUACGGCGGCAAGAAGUCCAGUUUGAAAGAAGCACAAUGGUCGCCGCUGGCUGACACGGAACGGAAGGAUUCACUCUCCAUCAAUGUCGAGUUCGUGAAGUUUCAUCUCUCGCGGUUCAGGAAGCUGGACUUCCAUACUGAUCAUGAUUCUAAGGCUACUGUUCGAUUCUCGACAAUCGUGGACGUCGGCUCAGCAUGGUUCAAGUACGAUAUGAGACGGCUGAGCGAAAUCCUGGCGUUCCCCAAAGCGUGGUACCGACGCAGCAUCGUGCGAAGGCUGUUCCUGGGUGACGUCAGCGUUCACACCGCACACCGAACAUCCAGCAGCAACGUACCUGUAUCGCCAGUGUUACCACAGCGCGAGAAAGCUAAAACAGCUGAACCGCAAAAAUCUAAAGAAGACAAAUCGGGCGGCGCGGCGUGGGAGACGCUCGUACUGUUCGCGGUGAACUUCGAACGUCUCAAUGUUCACAUGAACAUGGGUAACGUCAUGGGGAACGUUAGCUGGCAGUCCCGCUCCCUGGGCGCGUGGGGUCGGCUGAGCAUCGGCAGCGCCCGAAGGCGCCAAGUGGCCGGCCGGGUGGCCUUAGGCGGAGCGGCAUUGGAAGCUCGUGGCGGCAUCGUGGGCGGAUCCAUCUCAUUGGCAGCAGCUCGCGCCCAUGUCUUACUGCAGCAAGAACCACCCGCCCACGUCGCGGCAUUAAGACUAGCGGCAUUGGAGCUAAGGCUGGAGUACAUGGGCGCCCCGGCGUUGCUUGCCCGUUUGAGUCGACUGGCGGCCGUGUUGAAGGACCGCUGGCAACCGCCCGCGGCUACACCUUCUGCUAAUCGUCCAGCCACAAUCCUGGCCCACGGCACUCUGAGCUGGCACCAGCUGCAGAUCGCCAUAAGUCGCAGCACCACGCCAGACCUGCUGAAGAUGCAGCUGAAGCUUGAGGAGUUCUUCACGCAGCAGUUCAAGUCGGGCAAGCGAGUGUUCUCCUCCCUGCAUUCCACUGCCGGCCCUUACCAGGCAAGACUGCCGCGGGAGAAGAGGGAACAGACAGCAGCAGCGGCGGCGGCGGCGGCAGCAGGAACGAGCGAACCCCCGCAGCAGCAAGCUGAGCUGCGGCACCACCGCCACUGGCAGAAAGUGCUGCAGCUCAUUGCCGCCGCGCCGCACAACAAGCUGCAUCCGCGGGGCACAGUGCUAGGCGGCACGCUGGAACUGCAAGGCUCUAACAUAUCCCUGGCGUGCUUCCACGGCAACAGCCUGAAGGCCAAGUCCUGGGCUCUGUUCAGUCUCAAGGACCCCUGCAUCAGCUUCGCUACCGAAGCGCAGCAGAUCGAGGACGAGGACGGUUCACCAGAGGUCCACGCAGUGCAGUCCCUCACCGCGAGCCUGGGCGAGGGCGUGAGUGCGGGCGCGGGCGCGGGGGGCUCAGCCGCCGCGGGCCACCAGUCGCUGGCCACCGUGUGUCGCAUGACGCGCACAGUGCUGUUCCCUCCGCAGUUCAAGACGCUGCACGAGUGGUUCCACUACGCCUUCGCGGACAGCGAGAUAGACGCAAUCGACCAAUUCCCGUCAUUGGAGCGAGAGAACACAGGCACAACGGGAAGCACGGGCAGCGCGGGCGCACAAAGCAACAAGGCCAGCGAUAGACACGUUCGGGAAGUGAUCUUUGCGCUGCCCGCGCUGCAGAUGCAUCUGAGGACCAGCCAUCUGCAGAAGGCGCAGCCUCCCACUGAACAUGACGAGAAGCCGGUGGUGGAGUGCAGCUUCAUCACGGAGUUCGAAGACCACAUCUUCGUGUCGGUCGACGCGGAGGCGUUCCUGUUCCUGCACGAUCUCAUCUCAUCUUAUAUCAAGGAGAAGGAACGAUUCAUGCCGGGUCGGAGCGGUGACGCCCCCGCGGCUCCCCCGGUAGAUUUCCGCGACUACCGCUGCCUCACCUGGCAUCUGGAGCCCACUGUCAGAUUACUAUCAUGGGCGGGCAAAUCCAUAGAACCAUACGGCGUAGACUACAUCCUCCAAAAGUUAGGUUUCAGCCAUGCAAGGACUACUAUACCGAAAUGGCUGCAACGAGGAACCUUGGACCCCGUCGACAAACUGCUGGCGUUAGUUUUACUGCGCCUAGUGGGACUCGUGCCUGACAAGUGAAUAUCGACCUUAUGCCUAGAGGUUUGAGUUCAGUUUUGUCCUUACAAUCGUUGAAAUUAAAGUAUGGAGUGUUAUGAAAACAACGACGUAAGAUCUGUUCUCUAAGAAAUUUCGCAACUAUAUAACUCUAAAUCAAUGUGAUAGCAUUUCGAAAUGAACCCUGUCAACAAACUACUGGUAUUAGUUUAACUGCUAGUAAGACUUGUGGCUGACAAGUGAAUAUAGACCUUAUCACUCGAAGUUAGAGUUCAGUUUUAUUUGGUACCUUGUUAUCGUUGAUAUGAAAGCAUAUUGAAGUAAGAUCUGUUCACUGAGAAAUUUCACAACUAUGUUACUAAAUCGAUAUGGGAGCAACUCUUAUCUGACAAAUGAAUAUCUACCUUAUCACUAGAAGUAUAAGUUUAGUUUUGCUUGGCAACUUGCUAUC